GAUGGCGAGAGGGACGGUGGCCACGUACCUGCAUGGGGUCCUUCUCUUGGCUCUGUGGAAACCGUCGCUGCAAGGAGGUAUAUACAUACCAGCUGCCGGCGCUGCUGGAGGAGCGGGAGCUGGUCCAGGAACUGGAACUGGAUUUGGGCCAGGCGGGACUGGAGCAGGAUUUGGCCCCGGAGGAGCUGGAGGUGGCGGACCAGGGGGAGCCGGCCUCGGAGGCUUUGGACCAGGAGCUGGCGGAGGUGGCUUCGGUGGUCAAGGACCCGGGGGAGUUGGACCGGGAGGAGUUGGACCAGGAGGAGUUGGACCGGGAGGAGUUGGACCGGGAGGAGUUGGACCAGGAGGAGUUGGACCAGGGGGAAUUGGACCAGGGGGAGUUGGACCAGGAGGGUUCAGGCCUGGGAUUUUUGGUCCAGGCAGUGGUGGCCUGGGACUUGGAUCUGGAGCUGUUGGUGGAAAGCCUCCAAAAACCGGCGUUGGCUACGGCGGCCGCGGAGCGGGACAGGGGGUCGGGGGUACAGGAGGACUGGGGCCAGGCGGCGUUGGUCCUGGAGGAUACGGAACAGGACCUGGAGGAGUGGGAGCAGGAGGCCAAGGCGCAGGAUAUAGAGGCCCUGGAGGAGGAGGCUUUGGAACUGGAGCAAGUCUGGGAGCUGGAACAGGCCUCGUACCUGGAGGACCUGGCGGAGCAGGAACUGGACCCGGCGGUGCAGGAUUUGGACCUGGCGGAGCAGGAACUGGACCUGGCGGUGCAGGAUUUGGACCUGGCGGAGCAGGAUUUGGACCUGGAGGAGCAGGAACUGGACCCGGCGGUGCAGGAUUUGGACCUGGAGGAGCAGGAACUGGACCUGGCGGUGCAGGAUUUGGACCUGGAGGAGCAGGAACUGGACCCGGCGGUGCAGGAUUUGGACCUGGCGGAGCAGGAACUGGACCCGGUGGUGCAGGAUUUGGACCUGGCGGAGCAGGAACUGGACCCGGCGGUGCAGGAUUUGGACCUGGCGGAGCAGGAACUGGUCCCGGUGGAGCAGGAUUCGGGCCUGGUGGAGCAGGAAUUGGACCUGGCGGUGCAGGAGUUGGUCCCGGUGGUGCUGUUGUGCCUGGAGGAGCUCCAUUCCUGCCACAGACCGGUGCUGCUGGGGUCGGACCUGGAGGCAAGAAUAAAGCAGCAAAACAAGUUCCAGGCAUUGGGGUACCUGGGCUCUAUCAAGGUGGAUUUGUACCAGGACAAGGCUUUGGAGGCCGUGGUGUUCUCCCUGGUGUGGCCACAGGAUCUGGACUUGGAACACAGGCUGGGGCUGGAGUCCUGGGUCAGGGGGGCGUUGGGCAAGGAGGGGCAGGCGGUCGUGGACAACCGCUCCCUGGGGUUUUUCGUGGUUAUCCUCUCAUAACACCGAAGUCAGGGUCAGGAAAGUCUAAGAAUCCAGCCAAAGCUGCUGCUAAAUACGCUGGAGGAGGUGCACUUGGCCAAGGAGGUGCAUUAGGUGGAGGAGGUGGAGUUGGACCAGGCGGUG